CAAGGCGGAUAGGAUGAGAUCGUCUUGCUCUUUCCUCAUGCUGUAGCGACAUGGAUUGCUUUGUGUCUUGCUGCCCGUUCGGCAGGCCGGUUUGGAGACUGACCAGUGGAAUUGGAUUCCGAGGUGGGGAAGGGAAGGAUGUGUUUGCUUGCUUUCCUUUCUUUUUUUCGAAGUCUGGUUCUGUGUAACGCUGGACGACAAUGGCAGGACAGGGUCAGGGUAGGAUCGGUUCCGUUCGCGCGUGCCCGGUGCCACGGUGGACCUGGAGGAGGGGAGGGGGAAGCGAGGCGGAAAAAGAGAUUUUGCUGUUUGCUUUUCUUCGUGACACUUCUGUAUAUCGGGGUGUUAGAGCUGGUCGAGCGUAACGCGCGUGUAUAUGUGGAGGCGUUGAGGUCUUCUGGACGGUGUCAGUGGACUGUGGUUAACAAAGGCCGUUGUUGGGGACGGGGGAAAAAGCAAUUAUGGGGACUUAGCGAGGGAGGAGCGGCGGAUUAGUGGCUGCAUUGGGGAGCACAAAUGGUAUCAUUCAUGCAUGGAAAUUGACAGAAAACUGCUACGUGCAUUUGGCCCGGCAUGGUCUUCGACUUUUCGGCAUGCCAUGUGGGGAUGUGCCAAUGUGCGAUGCUCUUGGUGGAGAUUUUGGCCACCCAGCAGUUCUGGAUCUGGUAACUCUGAAUGUCAGAUUCUAGGUAUAGGA